CGCUGGCAUACGCUUUACGCGGCACAUGAAUAUCUGGUACGCUGAUCAUUGUGCAUCCAGUAUGUACAGGCAACAGGCAAUCGCAAAAUAUAAAAGUUAUGAGAUGUUCGUCCGUCGCUGCUAGGAAGGAAUGUCGUCGGUUCGUUCCAGUCUGCAUCAACACAUCAAGACAAUAAGUAUACUUGACACCCUCCUGAAUUCCUCCCAAGCCAUCUAUAUAUCAUUGCUACUGGUGUUUAUAGCACUCCUUGCUACUCACUUCAAUUUGUUCUACAUCUACUCUAUCCAAGAUGGGCGGCGGUGAAGUGCCCCGAGGCUUUCCAGUCCCUAAUCCUACCAUAUCCUACUGGCAAUUCCCGCCCCAUCCCAUUGCGAAUCACCGGACGACUCCGUCUCUGCCAACAACAACAACGUUUGACUACAUCAUCAUAGGGUCUGGCGUGUCUGGAGCCGCGGCCGCCUACAAGUUAUUGCACCGCGACCCAACGCUCUCAAUCCUGAUGCUCGAAGCCCGUACCGCGGCCUCUGCGGCAUCUGGCCGGAACGGCGGACACUGUCGGGCAGGCCGGUGGCUCAACUUCAAGGAGUAUGCCGACGCUUUCGGCGAAGACGAGGCCAUCAUAAUGGAGCACCUGGAAGAGCAAAACGUGCUGGACAUCGCCAACUUUGUCCAGGAGCACGACGUGCAGUGCGAUUUCCAGGAUGUAGAGACCUCGGACACCAUUUAUACCGAGGAGACAUGGGCCGAACUCCUUGAGGUGAUGAAAUUCAGGGACGAGGCUUAUCGGAAAAGAUCCGACGUGAAGCCGCUCUUUAAGAGGAGCGUAUGGCAUGGCCAGAAGGCGCGAGACCACCUAGGCUUGCCCAACGUCGUGGGAGCCGUGACGUACCCUGCGCACACACAGAAUCCAUAUUUGUUGGUGUGCCGAAUGCUAGAGCUUAGCCUUGAGAAGGGGCUCAACCUGCAAACAAACACAGUUGCACUGACGGUGCACCCGUUGCCGGAGAGGCACGAAGGAACGGCAAAAUGGGAAGUUCAAACGGAAAGGGGCACAGUCCGAGGCAAGCAAGUGGUAUUGGCCACGAACGCCUAUACGAACGUACUGCACCGUGGCAUUGCGGAUACCGGCUUCCUCAAUGCAGGGAGAAGCCAAGUCACGGCCCUCAGACCGGAAAACGAUCUCUCGGGCCAUCCGGCGCAAGGUAAGAGUUUUGGGAUUGACCGUGGCGCUGGUGAUUAUAUGGUGAUUCGAGCGCCUGGUCUUAGAGGCGCGGGUGAUAUUGUAUAUGGCGGGGGUAGGGCUAUUUCCCCAACGAGAGAAAUGGGUAUCAUGGAUGACUCGACUAUCAACCCGAAGAUAGAGAAGUAUCUGAAGCAGUCGGCCCCGGAGGUCUUUGGCCGCGAAACUUGGGGAGAAAAAAGUGUAGAGGUUAGGGACUGGUCCGGCAUAACCUGCUACACGCCAGAUACCUUGCCACUGGUGGGAGAAGUUCCUAGUGAGAAUGGCCUCUGGGCGUCGGUGGGCAUGAAUGGACAUGGAAUGGCGAUGGCGUUCCGUAGCGCCGAAGCCUUGGUAACCAUGAUGACAACUGGCAAGGAGCCUGACUGGUUUCCGAAGGCAUUCAGAAUUGAACGUGCCUGGAACAAACCGAAAAUGGAUGUACCCCCAGAAGGAGCCAGUCUAGGACCGGUGGCAGUCCCGCGAUGAACUGGACUUGGUCAUGAUAGAAAAGUUAUGCAGGAACGACGAUGGAGUGGGAAGCCUACUGAGGCGUGCUGAGGCACUGACAAGGCUGUAGCCCCCUUUUCUAAUUAAGGUUUUCCAUACAUACAAUCCUACUGGA